AGGUGAAGCGGGGAGCGGCGAUGUGUCUCCUGCUCGGGGCCACGGGUGUCGGCAAGACGCUGUUGGUGAAACGCCUGCAGAAGCUGAGCUCCCGGGAUGGGAAGGGCGACCUGGGCGAUCCUCCCCCGACGCGGCCCACGGUGGGCACCAACCUUACGGACAUCGUGGCCCAGAGCAAGAUCACCAUCCGGGAGCUGGGGGGUUGCAUGGGCCCCAUCUGGCCCAGUUACUAUGGAAACUGUCGCUCUCUUCUAACCUGUGCCCAAGAUUCCAGGAGAAGUAACCUUCCUUGGAGAAGUAACGGCCCCACGAGUAGAGAGACUUCCGUGGAGUUCAUGAUGGACGCCUCGAACCCCACGCAGCUCUCUGCCUCCUGCGUGCUGCUCCUGGGUCUCCUUUCAGCAGAAGAGCUUGCAGAAGCAUCAGUUCUGAUACUCUUCAAUAAAAUUGACCUGCCCUGUUACAUGACCACGGAGGAGAUGAAGUCGUUGAUCAGGCUCCCAGACCUCGUUGCUUGUGCCAAGCAGAAUAUCACCACAGCGGAAAUCAGCGCCCGGAACGGCACUGGCUUGUUGGAAGUGCUGCGUUGGCUCCAGGACACCCACAGAGCUAACGGUUGACCGCAGGGCGGAGGAGCUUGGCUGGCCUGCUCUGUGGCAAGAAGGCAGAGGCGGCACUGCCUGGCUUCUGCGGUCUGUUGCUUCCAUAAGGGCAGGAUGGCCCAGUGUGAGCCCCAGGAGAUGUGCUGAGUGCACGCAGGUCACAGAGCCUGCUGACUCUGUCCUCUGGCUCCUGCGCUCAGAGAGGAGGACAGGCCUGCCCAGUGGCUUGUGUCCUCCUGCUAUCCUGGGGUCUGUCCCCCUCUCCCUAGGGGAUCUGCUCUGUCUACUGCGGUACAAGUUCCAGCCUGUUGAGUUUCAGAUACACCAACAGUGGGAUCCCUGCAGACAACAGGAGGGACACGAAUCAAGUGUUAUAGCAAGAACUAAGCUUUGAGCUGAAAACAGUAAAUGUUCAUUACCCAGAGGAGCCUGGAGGGCACAGGGUUCCCACAGGUAGUCCAGGGUGGGGAAGCCGUGGUGGAAGGUGCCGGCCAGCUUGUGGCCAGGCCCUCGGGCCACAGUUCCCCAGGAUUCCACUGUGUCCUUUUGUCUCAGCCGAGGCCGCUUGCAGCAAAACACCCAGCUGUCGAUGCAUUUGUGUCCUAGGCCCUGUAACGGAUUAGCACAAACUGUGGCUGUAGCCACAUAAACUUAGGGUCACAGUGCUGGCCUGAAAUGCAGGUAUCAGCAGGCUUGGUUCCUGUCGGGGUCUCCGCGAGAGAAUCCGUUCCUUGUCUCUUCUGGCUUCAGUGGCUGCUGGUGAUGCUUGGUGUCUGGCUGGUGGCUUGCCAGGACUUGAAUCUUUGCCUCUGUCUUCACAUGGUCAUCUCUCUUCUUAUGAGGACGCCUGUCAUUGGAUUUGGGGCCCACUCGCAGUCCAGAGUGAUCUCAUCUCAGGAUCUGUAAUUACACACGUAAAGACCCUUUUUCCACCUUUGAGUCUUCUGGGGAUUAUGACUUGGAUGUACCUUUUCAAGCCAUUGUUCAACGUGCUGUGAUCCUGUAAGAUA